AUGGGGAAAGAAAAAUUGUCCCUCGACAGCUCAGCUUGUCCAUUCAGUUACGUAGGUGGUUCACACUACUCCGAUCCAGGAGCAGCAGUAGACCCUCUUUGUUUGCCAAGGAAUCCUGAGUGGGAGAGAUAUAAGGAUAAAGUUGAAACUUGGAGAGGAUAUGUGUAUGGCUCUGAAUAUGAAACGCAUGAUGGACAUUUUGCUAAACUUUACAAUCACAAUGUACCAUGUGCUGUUUGUCUUCUGAGAGAUAAAUCAACAACAGCAGUUUUUCCAGCAAGAAAAUCCUGCUACAGAGGUUGGAGGUUAGAGUACAAAGGUUACCUUAUGUCAGGGUAUCAUGGGAGUAAUGCUGGUACAAUGUAUACUUGUAUUGACAAACAUCCUGAUACUGUUGCUGGGGGCCAUGCGAACCAUAAUGGCUACCUCUUCUAUCCAGUGGAGUCUCGCUGUGGGUCGCUGAACUGUCCGCCCUACGUAGAAGGACGAGAACUCACAUUUGCUGUUUGUUCUGCACCAUGA